GUACGCAAGCGACCCGGCAGUUUCGAAACCUCCGAAAGCGUCAUUUAAAGCCCACGGGUACCACCACUCUACUCUUCGUCCUCCUCGAUCGUCCCAACAACCGCAAUGGCGCAGCAGAGGCUUCUCGCUCUCCUCCUGGUGGCGGCCCUCCUCGUGCUCUCCUGCUCGCAAGGGCUGGUGGAAGCGCGGAAGGUGCAGGUGCGGCGCGCGCCCCUCGGCGGCGGCCGCCUGCUUCCGGAGGCGAUGAUGGCGUACACGACGACGGACUACGGGCCCCCCACUGCCAACACCAACACCCACGGCGGCAUGGUCCCGUCGCCGGACGACCCCUCCUCGCCGCCGACGCACUGACCGGCCAGUCGAUCUCACCGGCAACAACUGUCUUGUUCUUUGGGAUUGGAGCUUUGGAAGAGAAAAUUGGAGGAUAGGAUCGGAAGAAGCUGGUGGUCGUGUUCUUCUCCCUUUUUGGGCGCGCGUGUUGUGUGCUGCUGUGUCUGUGUACUCCAGCUGUAGCUGCUGCUGUGCUUAGCUGAUUGAAGUUUGAACUGUAGUGGGUCCACAGUAUUAUGCAUGUUUUGUUUGGUGAGACGUCAGAACCCAUCAUUGAAUCUUGUCUGAAUCUAGUCAGCUCUAUGUAAAGUGGAAGCGAUACAUGAAUGUACGUAGUAAAAUGGAACAGAAUUCGUCGCCA